CGCAGUAAAACCUUAAAUAUAUAGAAGGAGUGUAUUUACGUGUGUGUUGUUUUUAAUGCUAACUCGGCUAACAGCUGGUAUUUUAUCGUGUUUUUACCGGAUUUCCCGCCACGGUCACCUUUACGAGCACAGACCAGGCUGGAUUGACGGUUGCAAGUAACGCCCUUGUUUUAUGUGCUUAGGAUGUCAGGAUGUGAUCCACCUAAAUGAAUGAUUGCACCUUACCCUGCAAUCUCUCCAAAGAGACACUCCUUCUUUCUGUUAAGAAAGAAAAACGUGGGAAAAGUCCAGCCGCUAUGCAGGAUAGCACCUUAUUUUACUUUUGUCCGGAUCACUUGAGUUGAAUCAUCAGGUGUGUAAAAAAACACUAUUCUGCUUAACUUUUUGGUGUUCCUUAGAAGAUCAGAAUGCCACGUUGCAGAGAAAUUCCUGAAGACGUACGCAAAAAGGUUGUCGAGGCUCAUCAGUCUGGAAAAGGCUACAAGCUCAUUUCUAAGGCUCUGGGUCUCUCCAAAAGCACCGUCAGAGCAAUUCUUCGCAAAUGGAAAAAGUUUGGGACGGUCACGACCCUUCCCAGGAGUGGCCGUCCCCCCAAAAUUUGUGCUAAAACAAGGCGAGAAAUCAUCCAGAAGGUGACGAAAAACCCAUGCACCACCUCCAAGGAUGUGCAGGCCCUUCUUGCUGCGGCUAACAUCUCUGUCCAUACCUCAACCAUCAGGAGGCUUUUGGGAAUUCAUGGAAGGCCGACUUUAAGUGGAUUCCAGGAUGUUACGUCUUUGAGAAGCUUCUCCGACGAAGAGGAAGGCACCCAUGAGUCUUUUGGAAAGUUAUCAGACAGUACAGAUGCAUUUAGGAAAGAUGUGAAGGUUGAAGAUGAGCAACAGGACUUGGAUGAACAUGAUUCCAUUAACGAUGGCGGCAAAGGAACUUUGGAAGAAGAGUUUUGUGAUGAAACUCUUGGCCAGCAUAAUGAUGACUCUGAUGACUGUGAACAUGAAGGUGCUGGUGAUGCCAGUGAGAAGUAUGUGGACGGUGAUUAUGCUGACAGUGACAGCAGUGAUGAUACGGUUUUUAAGUAUGAUGAUGAUGAUAAUGCUGAUUGCUGUGGAGAUAGUGAUGAUGAUGAUGAUAAAGAUGGUGAAAGUUGUGAUGAAGAAACUGAAGAGGGCUCUGUAUUACAGUAGCUUUUCAACUGCUAGCUGAGGCUAAGCUAGCCGAGCUGGAGGAACGCUUCUGCCACUUCGACAUCCGCCUGGUCGGCCUCCUCAAGGGUUCCAAAGGUGGCGACCAAGUUGGCUAAAUCCAGAAGGCGAUUAAAGGGUGGUUCCCCUCACUGCCACACAAGAAAAUGGAGAUUAAGAGAGCUCAACGCAUCUACAGGAGAUCAAAAGAUGACCGGAAUACAUCUUUUGUGUUUAUCUCCAAGUUUUUCCGCACCCAGGACAGGCAGUCCCUGCUCAAGGCUGGUAGGCAACAUGACCUGGUAGUUUGCUCCAGCUCCAGGCUGCUGUUCUUCAUGGAUGUUACAUGUAAAACAACAUCUGUGUAGCUGUUUCCUUUCCUUUUCUCUGGUCUGUCUCUAAUAGGUGGAUUGAAGUUAUUUCUAAUCGAUCCUCAAUUACCCUCUGCUAUUCUGCCAAUCAGAGAGCUCUGCUGGUCCAAAUGGAUGCGUGACCAUCUCUAUCCUAGUACAUCUCAAACAAUUAGAAAGUAAUUCAGUUCAAAAUGUGAAACUAGGGCUGUCCCUAACGAUUAUUUUUUAAACGAUUAUUCUAACGAUUAUUUUUUUCGAUUAGUCGACUAAUCUAUUUAUUGAGAAACAUAUUUAAAUAACUAUUAUUUUACGUUUUAAAGCAAACGAUAAAUUACUAUAUUUAUAUAUAAUAACAACAACAACAACAACAGCCUACUAAACCAAACCCCACACUUAUAAUCACUUACAACACGUUGUUUAGAUCUAUUACGCUAAAAAUGGAUAAGCUCCCAUACACCACCUCCGUGUGUUGUUUUCUGUGACCGCUAGAUUUUGUGACCACUGGCAAGUAGUUCUCAGCAGACCGGUGCACUGGCCGAUUCGAAACGUGUUCGUUUCUAAUGUUUACCCCGACUGGCCAAAACAGUUAAGUUUAGGGCUGAGGGUAAGGUGUAGGUAUGGAAAGCUUCCGUUUUGCCAAUGAACGCUCAUAACCGUGAGCACUGGUCACAAAAUUCCGACGGUGACAGAAAACGGUGCAACACCGCAGCGCCGACGGCUCUAGCUAAAAUAACUUAAGGCAGCUAGCUUAGCUAAACACCUGAACUUAUGAAUAAUGCUACUGUUUCUGGAAACUGCGAAAUGCCAUGCACAAAUAUAAACCAAAAAUGUAUAAUUUCUGCCUGUGGCAGGUUUAAAACCUUUGGUAGACAGCCUUAAGUCUUUUUAAGGACACCCGCGGAGACCCUGAUGUAAACGGUAACUUACUGUGUGACUCUGUUGACAUAGUGCUCCUGGAUGUUUGCGCUUCAAGUGCUCCUGCAUAGCAGUUGUGCUACUGUGAUAGACCAUCCCCAUUUUGCACAUAUGGCAGAGGACCACAUUGUUGCCCUUUUGCGUGAAAUGCUCCCAAACUUUAGAUGCCCGCUGGCGUUGUUUUGUAGCUGGAGAUCGCUCUCCGGAGUCCAUGCUCUCCACAGGCACCGCCAUGUUUACGACGCGCCGACGCGCGUUAUGCAAAUCGAUGUAUUUUCGUAAUCGAUGACGUCGAUUAUGUCGACGCGUCGCCCCAGCCCUAUGUGAAACUCAUAUUUUAUAUGGAUGUAUUACACACAAAGUGAUCUAUUUUAAGCAUUUAUUUCUUUUAUUGUUGAUGAUUAAGGCUUACAGCCAAUGAAAAACCCAAAAAAAUGUAUAUAAGUGGGAGCAGUGUGGGCAGUGUGCCAAAGUCCUGCUGGAAAAUGAAAUCCAUAUCUCCAUAAAAGUCAUCAACAGAGGGUUGCAUGAAGUGCUGUAAAAUUUGCUGUGGGAAAACACUGCACAGACUUAACAACUAUAUGUUGUCAAAAACUGAAAUAAAUCUUCAAUUCAGAGGCACAAACGCUCCCAUUUUUUACAAUUUCAAAUUACGUAUUGAUAAUCUGCCCUUCUCCAUUCCAUCUUGGCACCAAAAAGGAAUACAUACGUGUUUGAUGAUUAGUUUAGUGAUGUUUAAAGGACCUUUGCACCUUGAUUUAUAGUGUACCUAUGGUCAAGCUGGCUUCUUCCUUUUUCUUUCAUGCAAGCAUAUGGUGUCCCAUAAAAUAGCCCUUUAUCCAUACACCCCUUAUGCGUAUUGUUUUCCAAGAGCUCUGUUUCAGAAGGAUUUGUUUCUAUGGUUUAUACUAUGAGCAUUAGUGCUAAAAGUUAUCUGUAACAAAGAACUAAAAACCUUUUACAACUGAAUAAACUGUAUAAAAGAACACUACAUCCAGGAACCCUAACCAUAAAGUUUUUUACUUUAAUUUCUUUCACAGGUUUUAUUUAACUCCAUACAUCCAGUCAUUUACUUGGAACCUUAAACUGUCAGAAUUCAUGAUUCUAAAAGCUUCUUAGAGGACUUCUGAUUAAAUACUGCUAAGACGCUCUCUGACUUCAUGGGAGAAACAGAAUAAUGUGAUUUUUUUUUUGUAUUUUUCUCUUCUGGGUGCCAUGCAGGUGUGUGGGUUUGUGGAGAGGUAUGUUGGCUUGGAGAAAUUUGUGUAUAAUGUCCUUGUAUUUAUAAUCCUCCUUUAAAUAAAUAAAAAUCUACGGUCACAAAUAAGGGGAGUUUCAGACAGACUUGAUUGUGUUCUGUGGUGAACAGGAUGAACAGUUAGCAAUCAUGCUAGCAAAGUGAAGUCCACUGAUAGCUGUGCUAAACUUUCGGGUCUUUAAUUAUAGCAACACAAAGUGUAGAAUUAGAAGUCCUGUUGAGAAAAUGGAGAGUAAAUGUUGAAACAAUAAGGUGGUUCUAAUGAAGUGGUUCCACUCUAAUUCCAAAGUGGUUAAUUUUUGCUCAAUCCGACCCAAUUAUUAAAUCUACUCCUCAUGUUUGAGCUAAACGUCUGUUCAGGUGCAGUUAAACCUGAUUUAUUAGCCAGAUUAUUAUUACAGCUGUUAACUACAAUGCUGUCUCUGCUGCUCCAUGUUAAGCUAUUUUCACACAAUACAAACAUGUGUUAACAAAUAUAUAUAAUACAUGAC